UUUAUUCGCUCUAGUGUGGGAGGAAGUGUCAUGAAACCAUCUGAUCAACAGCUGCCAGUUAAAGAAGACGCCUUAGUAUUUGAAUCGAGAUUUGAGAGCGGCAAUUUAGAGAAAGCCGUCAGAGUGGGCCCAUAUGAAUAUGAAUUAUUAUUAAGAAAUGAUUUAUAUACACAUAAACACACGCAAUGGUAUUAUUUUCGCAUCAAGAAUGCGAUCCCUGGAGUAGAAUAUACCUUUACAAUAAUUAAUUUAACCAAGUCUGAUAGCUUAUAUAAUCAUGGUAUGCAGCCGUUGCUGUAUUCUGAAGAAGAAGCGAGUAGGGAUGGUGUCGGUUGGAUUCGUAGCGGUUAUGAUAUCCGUUACUAUAAAAAUGAAAUAAGUCGUGAAGGAAAAUAUAAAAAUAGAAAUUAUUACUCUCUCUCUUGGAAAAUUCAAUUUAAUAAUUCCGAGGAUACUUAUUACUUUGCUCAUUGCUAUCCAUAUACUUACUCCAAUUUACAGCAAUACUUGCAACAAUUGAUGAAUGAUCCAAAUAAGAAAGAAUUUUGUAAAUUACGAAUUUUAUGUCAAACUAUCGCUGGUAACCAUGUCUAUGUAGUUACAGUAACUUCACCUUCUUCCAAUUCUCUUGCCAAACCAAAAAGGACUGUAAUAGUAACAGCUCGAGUUCAUCCAGGAGAAGCUAACGCAAGUUGGGUUAUGAAAGGAUUUUUAGACUAUGUUACCGGCUCUACGGAUGAUGCUCUGCUACUUCGAGAGAUGUUUAUAUUUAAAAUUGUUCCUAUGAUCAAUCCUGAUGGUGUUAUUGUCGGCAAUUACCGUUGUUCAUUAAUUGGCCGCGAUCUAAACCGCAGUUAUAACACUAGUUUAGCUUCGGCGUAUCCUCCAGUAUAUCAUAUUCGAAAAUUGGUUCAAAAGCUAUUAAAAGAACGAGAGAUUAUAUUAUAUUGCGAUUUACAUGGACACAGUAAGAAGCAAAAUUCCUUUAUAUACGGAUGUGAAAACGGGCUAAGUCAUGAACGAUGGUUGAAGGAACGAAUAUUUCCAUCCAUGAUGUCGAAAAAUGCUAAAGAUUUGUUCUCUUUUCGAAGCUGCAAAUUUAAAGUACAAAAAUAUAAGGAGGGAACAGCUCGUGUGACAAUGUGGCGGCUAGGCAUUAUGAAUAGUUUUACAUACGAGACGUCCUUUUGUGGAUCAACAUUAGGUCGAAAAUCAGGUACUCAAUUUACAACGCUGGACUUUGAAUCAUUAGGAGCAGCUCUAUGUGAUACCGUAUUGGAUUACUGCGAUCCGGAUAAUUCUAAGGUAACAAAUAUGAUGCAAUGUAAUUCUUGA